AGUUGCUAUAAAUAGUCCAACACGGACGACGUCGCCACAAAUUCAUCCGCUUCCUGAUUUAAUGACGAUAUCUGCUUUUCUUUAAACAAUGGCAAACCCCAAAGUUUUCUUUGACAUCACCAUUGAUGGUGCUAAUGCAGGCAGGAUCACGAUGGAGCUUCGAGCAGACGUGGUGCCAAAGACUGCCGGUAGAGAACUUCCGGGCUCUUUGUACGGGAGAAAAAGGUUUUGGCUACAAGAACUCCACAUUUCAUCGCAUCAUUCCCAAGUUCAUGUGUCAGGGCGGAGACUUCACCAACCACAACGGCACAGGAGGAAAGUCCAUCUACGGAGAAAAGUUCGCCGACGAGAACUUCCAGCUGAAGCACGGCGGCGUGGGCACGCUGUCCAUGGCCAACGCCGGGCCCAACACCAACGGCUCGCAGUUCUUCAUGUGCACGGCGUCCACUGACUGGCUCAACGGGAAGCACGUGGUGUUCGGGAACGUGGUGGACGGCGUUGACGUUCUGAAGAACGUCGAGAAGCAAGGAACCAAGAGUGGAACCCCUAAAGCCAAGGUCGUCAUCGCGGACUGCGGGGAGCUCAAGUAGAACCUUCCCGCCACAAAUCGUCCCCCCGCCCCCCCUCCCUCCUGGUACAGUCAGAGGCACUUCUUCACCUCACCACUAGAGGUCGCUGUUUUACGCACCCCCUCUUCCUUGUCUGGCUGCUGUAGAAGUUUGUGUUCUUCUAACCCAGUGGUUCUUAAGUCAUACUUGCCAACCCUCCCGAAUUUUCCGGGAGACUCCCGAAAUUCGGCGCCUCUCCCGAAAACCUCCCGGGACAAAUAUUCUCCCGAAAAUCUCCCGAUUUUCAGCCGGAGCUGGAAGCCACGCCCCCUCCAGCUCCAUGCGGACCUGAGUGAGGA